UUUCUUUUAUAUUUUCAGUUGUUUCUCUUUUGCCUCCCCUCUCUCUCUCUCUCUCUGUCUCUCUCUGUCUUUCUUCUCCUGACAGGAGGACGAGGGGGGGGAGUGGAUCUUGCAUGAAAAGCAGGGGAUAGAAGCAGCAGCCUGUGGAGACAAGGGGGGGGACGAGUGAGCUUGAGUCUGCGUCCACUUCACGCCUACUAAAUAAGACACGUCCAGUUGUGGAUUAUCUGCGUCUGCUGCCACAGAGCUGGAGGCCCCCCCACCUCCUCCUCCUCCUCCUGCCUCUCACUCUCCCUGUCUCAGUGGCAGCAGUGCAGCGAGAGACGGGCUUCUGCUUCUCUCCUGCAGUCACCUCCACUACUGACCUUGGGGUUUGGCGAAAUGAACAAAAUGAAGAACUUCAAGCGCCGCUUCUCGCUAUCCGUGCCAAGAACAGAGACAAUAGAGGAGAAUGAGUUCACGGAGCAGAUAAAUCAGCUCAACAUUCGACGGAACGAGGAUAUGGUACCAAACAGCCUGGGCCUGCACAGCUUACACCCGGAGCCCAGUCCGCUGGCCUCAGACCACCAGGCCCCGUCUCCUACUCAGCUCCACUACCGCAACAAGGUCCAGCACCGUCGCUUCUCUAUGGAGGACGUCAGUAAGCGGAUGUCUCUGCCCAUGGACAUUCGCCUGCCACCGGAGUUUCUGAAGAAGCUGCAGAUGGAGAGCCCACAGCCCUGCAAACCGCUUAGCCGCAUGUCCAGGCGAGCCUCACUGUCUGACAUCGGUUUCGGGAAGCUGGAGACCUAUGUGAAACUAGGCAAACUGGGAGAGGGUACUUAUGCUACAGUAUUCAAGGGGCGCAGCAAGCUGACAGAAAAUCUGGUGGCCCUGAAAGAGAUCCGGCUAGAGCAUGAAGAAGGAGCCCCAUGCACUGCCAUCAGGGAAGUUUCGCUCCUGAAGAACCUGAAACAUGCCAACAUUGUUACUCUGCAUGACAUCAUUCACACUGACCGCUGUCUCACUCUGGUCUUUGAGUAUUUGGAUAGUGAUUUGAAGCAGUACCUUGACAACUGUGGAAACCUCAUGAGCAUGCACAAUGUGAAGAUAUUUAUGUUCCAGCUUCUCCGCGGUUUAUCCUACUGUCACAAGAGAAAGAUUCUACACAGGGACCUCAAGCCACAGAACUUGCUCAUCAAUGAAAAGGGAGAACUCAAGCUGGCUGACUUUGGCCUGGCGAGAGCGAAAUCCGUCCCGACAAAAACCUACUCCAACGAGGUGGUGACUUUGUGGUACCGGCCCCCUGAUGUUCUGCUAGGUUCUACAGAGUACUCGACACCUAUAGACAUGUGGGGCGUGGGGUGCAUUCUGUACGAAAUGGCGACAGGGCGGCCCAUGUUUCCCGGCUCGACUGUCAAGGAGGAGCUGCACCUGGUCUUUCGCCUCAUGGGGACCCCGACUGAGGAGACCUGGCCAGGGAUUUCGGCUAAUGAGGAGUUCAAGUCCUACCUCUUCCCCCAGUAUAGAGCCCAGGCCCUUAUAAACCACGUUCCCAGGCUGGACACAGAGGGUAUUGACCUCCUCUCAGCGCUUCUACUGUACGACACCAAGAAAAGGAUCUCAGCCGAGGCGUCGCUGACACACACAUACUUCCUCAGCCUGGGAGAGAACAUCCGCUCCUUACCAGACACAUCGUCUGUGUUCUCGCUAAAGGAGGUGCAGCUGCAGAAGGACCCAGGCCAUCGCAGCUCUGUCUUUCAGCCCCCAGGUCGGGGCAAGAACCGCCGACAGAGCAUAUUCUAAUGGCUGAUAUGGUGGCCACCCAAAAGAGGAAGGUGUACGUCAGAUGAACAGCAUCACUAUGAAGCAAAUGGCUGUACCCGACCCUUCCGUGUCCGACUUGCCCGUCCGUCUCCUGAAACCUUCCCUCAGUGAUACACACAGCUGAAAGACAGGAAACUGGAAACCUUACACACUGCGGUCAACUGUAUUCACCACUGCUAUAUUUGAUUAGAGUCUAUUAUGUUACCCAUAGAGCGGUAAACAAAUACCUGGCUUUCUCCUCCUGUCCCGGUUCCUUGGAGCCCUGUCUAUAAACAAUAUACUCCAAAACACUCUAACAUUUCUGUAAAGAAUGCAGGAAUUCUCAUGAAUACAGUUUUUGGACAUAGACCUGUGCCUGGUUGCAUAAAAAUGCUUACGUUUUCUUCAGAUGAUCCCAUAACAGUUUAGACUUCCCUCAAAAAGGGGAAUUAAAUAUGUGUAGUGCAGUAAAUCCCUUAAAUGUUUUCUUAGGUAAAGACAACCUGAGUGUAUUGCAGCAGUCUUCUCUGAUCAAAUAUUGUUUUAUGUCAGGUUUGAUUGUUGCUAUGGAGACAGUUAGCUUGCCUGACUUUGGGUUAACCCCUUUAAAUGGCCAGUUUUAUUACACACUUCUAUAACCUAAGAACAGCUUAGGCAGUUUGCAUUGAAGUUCCUGUAGUCACUGAAUAAUAAGCCUUAGUAUGUAAUAAGCCUGGGAUUUUAAGGGGUUAAAAUUUGGAGGUUUCCCAGUCUGUAGACUGAUGUCAUCAUCUUGUCAUUGUCUGAAAAAUUCCAGUUUUAAGGUUUUGCUAAGCCCCAGCUGUUUUCUUGAACAUAUAUUAAUUCCAGGCCCAGUUCCAUUUCUUACCUUUACCCCUACCUCUUGUUUUCGAGUGUCACCUUAGCCAUUAGAACUGAGUUACAAGGGGUAGUGGUUGAAAUCUUCCCUAAAAAUUGGGCGUUACUUCAUUAACAGCUACUGGCGCUGCUCUGUAGGCGACCCUGCCAGUCUGCAGUGACAGCAGAGGAGGGUAAAGUUCGGCUCCUCACUGCUGGGCUUUAGUUACAUUUAGGGCAUCAUAUGCCUUCAAAGAGGGGGCAAUUAUUUAUUAUCACCCACCACUAAUUCUUCAGUGAUACAAAGCUGAAAAUAGAUAUUCACCAGAUUCUCGUUUGAAUUUUCCCGUUCCACCUUAAAUGGAGCAGCAGUUACAUUCUGGCACUUCGGGCGUCAGAACUGCUGGACUAUUUAAAGUGGAACGGGAAAGUUGUUAUGAAGAAAACGACCAUAAUACACUGAAACAACAUUAAACUAAGAUAAUACAGUGGUUAUCGUGAUUUUUAACAGAGUAAAUUCUCAAAUUUGUGGGUUUCUUUGGUCUCUUGUUCAGCCAUUUUGCCAGUUUUUCUUUUUUUCUCAUAACUCUCUGUUUGGAGUCUCUGAAAAACCUCUGUUUGGAGGGUCAUGUAGCCCAAACACUUCGCCAUCCCCCUCUAUCUCAACAAAAAAUUGGGACACCCUAGACGCAAAGAAGCAAAACGGAGCGCUAAGGGCUAAGUGGUAGGGGCGAGGGGUGAAAUGGGACUGGGCUUUUGUCUUGAACUAAAAAAGCCUAGUGUAGACUCCAUCAUAAGGUCCAUCAUAAGCUUGAAGAAAUAUCUAACAAAAAUAAAGGGGACAAGGAGAACACCCUUCUGAUGAUGCAUCUCGAAGGUGGGAGGAUCUUUUGAAAAGCUACAACUGCUAGACAGCUAACGCUACUGCUGGGAGGCUGAAUAUCUAUGGCAGCUGUAUAAUCAUCAUCACAACAGAGAGAGUGGUUAACUUACGUGUAAGCUAAAAGCUAAUGUUAGCAAGGUUAGCUCGAUUCCCUUACUCAGUUUGGCUUCUUUUCUCUGUCUCUGGUUCAUUUUGUGCUGAAUAAAUAUAGAACUGUGGUUUUCUUUAUGAUAUUGUUCGACACUCAAGAUAGUAACACUAAUGCCAGCUUUGCUGUAGUUAGAUUAUGGACUGAUGGCUAGGCUAACAGGACUGGUUGACACCACAGGGAUUCUCAAUGGUUGUAUGACGUAUUUGCAUAACACUGAUAAACAAAAAACAUGAAAGACAUUGUGCAUUCUGUCAGACUGGGAAGACUAAGUGAUGUAAUAACAAAACAUACCAAAUCCCAUAUUAACCUCUAGUUUUAGGCCCCUUUUUAAAGGUGCAGUAUGCAAAUUUUAGUGGAAUCUAUUAGAGGAAAUGACACAUAGCAUACCAAACCAUGUUUUCAUUAGUACAUAAUCACUUGUAACUAUAAAUCAUUGUGUUGAGUGAGCCUUUCAUAUCUACAUAGGGAGCGGCUCCUUUCUACAGUAGCCCAGAACGAACAAACCAAACACUGGCUCUAAAGAGUGCCUUUCACACUUUUACCUUGAAGCGGCAGCUGGAAUUUGGUGGCGUUUAGCACCGAUUGGGAGACAUGGGAAGAAGAAGAAUCAGUCGUAGUCAGUUCUGGCUAAUCAAUUUGCGUUAAUCAGUUUGAGAACCCAAAUUUUGACAAAUGGAGGAUCAUACUGAUUAAUUAGCACAAGAAAAAAGCGAGGGAGGGUGAAUUCUUGCUGUGAGAGACGUGAAAAAAUGACGGCCACUGUAGAUUCUACCACACGCUUGGAAAGGAAGGGGUGAGGGAGGGGUAUUCAGUUGGUUGCAGUUUGCAACCUCACCACUAGAUGCCGCUAAAUUUCACACACUGCACCUUUAAGGUCUUUUACGUAAUCAUGUGAUUACUUAAGACGUUCUGUGCAACCAGGCACUGAUGUUCUAGUACUCUUGUGACACACCUGACCAAAACAGACCUGUAAGUGAAAGUGUUCUGGAAACCUGCAUUAAAUAUGAUGUCGUAAUAUCUGAUAACAACAACUACAGUGUUCAAAAAGGAUGUCCCUUUGAAAAAAAUACCGACAGAGGUGACUGGUAAAUGGCUUUAAACAACAAAGAGACUUCUGUCUCUCACUUAAUGUAGUUCUUUCAGGUCCUCUGCUAUUAAUUACAGUAUACUAGUGAGUGUAUGUGUUUGUAUGGAAGAUGCUGUAACUCCAUCCUUGUGAGAAUUCCUUUUAUUUUUCCCUGUGUUUCCUUUUCCUUUGUAAUUCAUCAUACGUACUCGCUGACUCGCAGCAUGGGCACAUAUGUGACCGUGAUAUUUUGAAGACUUCAUCCUCAUCACCAUCAUUUUUCCGACUAAAAAGGCUAAAAGAACCUGUGAAGUUGGCUGAAAUGAAGGUUACAGAAAAAAUGAACGGAAGUCAGUUUAAACAUUACACUGAAACCAAGUUUUGAGCCACAGUCAUUGGUUUUUUAGCGGUAGUAUUAAUUAUCCGAACACUGUCACUUUGUGAUUUUACCUCAGACAUGAAUAUUUUACUCAAGCAUCUAAAGGUGCCUUGUAAAUCAAACGUGGUGAUGGGUCCAGCGUUAUGUCUUUGAAAAUAACAAUACUGUUUUAAUAUUCUUUAUGAUAAAGAAUACUUUGUUCCUCAUUAAUAAUUGCACACAAUCUAAUGUUUGGUAUGAUGAAGUGCUCUACUGUAUUUGCACAUGGCAUCCAAGUGUCCUCGACUUUGUCCUAACGUCGUUUGCCUGCUCCUUUCCCCCCCCUCCCAUAGAGUAGAACUACCUUAGCCCUUAAGUAAAGGCACUAUGUUUCUAGUGAAAGCCAUUGACCACAGAGAAUUGUAGUGGUGUUGUAGUUUUGGGUUCAGUUUGUGUGAAGUGAUCAACAACGGACGCUAAUGCACUGCAUUUCUACGGCCACCAGGAGGCAGGAAGCAAGUGCAAAGUGUGCGAGGGAGAGAGAAUGUGUGGAAGUGAGAGAGAGUGUGUGAGAGAGAGAGAUAGAGACAGAGAGCGAAUACAAAUUGUGUACCCUUUGACACUUCAAGCCCUUUUAGUUAACUUUAGCAUCACUGCGACCCGAAGUUCUCUGGUUCUCCUAUAUGUGUGUUUUGUGGUAAACAACAACAACAACAAAAAUAUUUUAAAUAAUGUAUUGGACAGAAUUAAUAUAUGUAUUUUAACAAGUGUUUUCUUUAUUCUCAGUGAAUUUUUGCCAGAAAAUUGAGAUGACUGUAUUAAAUGACUUUAGAUGAUGUCUAAAUGUUUUAUAAAAGAUUUAGAUUUUUGUAUGAAAUGUGAUAUUAAAUAUUUUGUGUGACAUGUCUAUUCUAUUUGGAUAUACUGAAGCUGAAUGUAUUGUGACUGCUGAAUAAAAAA